AUGGAGAACUCAACCCAAGUCAAGUUAUUUUAUCUCUUUGGCUUACAAGAGACAUUUAACAACAAAUCGGUCUAUUUUAUCUUGUCUCUUAUCACAUACCUUCUCAUCAUCACUUUGAAUCUGACUCUGAUCAUAACAAUCAUUCAGGAGAAAGGUCUCCAUGAGCCCAUGUAUAUAUUUCUGUGUAGUCUAUGUGUCAAUGGAUUGUAUGGAACUGCUGGUUUCUACCCCAAGUUCUUACUGGACCUUCAGUCAGAUGUUCAGGUGAUAUCUUAUGGUGGAUGUUUUACUCAAGCCUAUGUAAUAUACACAUCUGUCCUGUGUGAAAUGUCUACUCUAACAGUGAUGUCUUACGACAGGUAUGUGGCAAUAUGCAGACCACUACUAUACCAUAACAUUGUGACAUCUUUAACUGUUAGAAAGUUACUCUUAUUUGCUUGGUUGACCCUGUUUGACACCUUGCAAGGGUGGAUUAGUAAUGUAAAUAUUACACUAAAUAUGCGUAAUGCAAUGGCUGUACAAUUCCUUGUUAUACCACCUGUGUUAAACCCUGUCAUAUAUGGACUUAACCUCCAGCAGAUUCGAAAG